GGCAAGAUCCCCAUCCGCUGGACGGCCCCGGAGGCAAUAGCCUACAGGAAGUUCACCUCGGCAAGUGAUGUGUGGAGUUUCGGCAUUGUCAUGUGGGAGGUCAUGGCGUUUGGGGAACGGCCUUACUGGGACAUGAGCAACCACGAGGUGAUGAAGGCCAUCAAUGAGGCGUUCCGGCUGCCAGCGCCCAUGGACUGUCCGUCGGCCGUCUACCAGCUGAUGCUUCAGUGCUGGCUUCAGGAUCGCGCCAAGAGGCCGCGUUUCGGAGACAUCGUCAGUCUGCUGGACAAGCUCCUGCGCAGCCCAGACUCACUAAAGACCAUCGCAGACUUUGAUCCACGGGUUUCCAUCCGCCUGCCCAGCACCAGCGGCUCGGACGGCUCCCCCUUCAGGUCGGUGUCCGAGUGGCUCGAGUCCAUCAAGAUGAGCCAGUACAGCGAGAACUUCACCCGCGCCGGCGUCGUCACUAUGGACCAGGUGCUGCAGAUGAAGAAUGAGGACAUUAAGAACAUCGGCGUGCGACUGCCCGGCCAUUUGAAGAGGAUAGCUUACAGCAUCUUGGGCUUGAAGGACCAGACCAGCACCCUGAGCGUGUUUGCUGUGUGAUCCUCCGAAUGAAAGGGAUGUGAAAUUGGACACAGGCAACCCUUUGAACUCCCCGGCCAAGCUGGAGCGUUCUGCGGGGAACGGCACCCAAACGGCAGAACUAGGAGAGAAAUGUGCCAAGCUUUUGGGCCAAAUUGAACAGAAUAAUUUUCUGUUCCUUCUAUAGUUUUUCUUUUUUUUUUUUUUUUUACCCACAGGGAAACGGAGCACAUACCUUCAACAGAUGUGUAAUGUAGACUUUUGAUAUUUAAAUAGCUAUUUUUGUACUAUAGUUGUCUUCCGUACGGAUGCGAUUCGUCGCUCAUUCACUUUCGUCCGUUUUCCAUUCCUGCUUCAGCUUUAUGAAAUUGCACCCUGAGUUUGUUACGAAAUGAACAGGGAGAACGUUUGUAAGAGCAGCAGAGUCCAGUCAGAGUUCAGAUUAUGAGUCUCUCACUGAUUGGCUCUCAGGAGGAUGAAAUGAGUUUGAGCUAAUUCAGAUUUAGGGUUAAAAAAAUAAAACAGGUUGUGAAUGUUUCUGCUGGUUCUGUGCAGAAAUUAAGCUAUGAUCUUAUGGGUGGUGUUUAUAUACAAAAAAAACAAAACAACAACAAAAAAAACACA